ACGUGACGUCAACGGUCUCAGCGUAAAGCUUAAAGGGGCGUCUUAGGGGUCACUGUUCCUUGCAUUUGUGAUUUCAAUUAGUCGACAUGCGUUGUGAAAGAUGACGGCCGAAAUUUCCAAAAGCCAAAUGGGUUAAACGGAGAAAGUCCUAAUUUUAUCAAUUUCUUCAAAAGAUUUGAUCCGCAAGUACAGGAUGUCAAGGAUGUGGCAAGCCAACUUUUCGGAUGUCAGUCCCCCCAGUCCGGGGGACAUUGCCAUGGAAAACCUGUAUCCAGCCCUCAUCGAGUGCUUCGCCAUCAUCAUCUGCGGAUACUUAGCUGGACGGUUCAAUCUGAUCUCACAAACGGAGGGCAAAGGUCUUGGAACCUUCGUCGGCACCUUUGCCUUGCCCUCACUUAUUUUCCUGUCCCUCGCCGAACUAGAUUUAAGUUCCGUCAAUUGGAAAUUUCUGCUGUCGUUGCUGAUCGCCAAGGCCAUCGUUUUCUUCGGGGUGGGAUUGAUCACUUUAUUGAUCAGCCGCCCCGUCAAUUUGGGCAGAGCAGGCCUCUUCUCCAUUUUCUGCACUCAAAGCAACGACUUCGCCAUUGGCUAUCCAAUUGUCGCCGCACUUUACCAAAAAUCGCACCCCGAGUUUCCGUCGUACCUUUACCUCGCGGCGCCGAUUUCACUGGUCAUUUUGAACCCGCUCGGUUUUGUCCUCAUGGAACUUGGCAAACGACGAGAGAGUGAAGGACAACCUGUCGGUGGUUGCCGGUUGGCGGCCGCGGUCAUCAAGAGCAUCGCCCUCAACCCUGUGGUCCUGAUGACCGGCUUGGGCAUGCUCGGAAAUAUUUUGUUCCACCAUCAGCUACCCACUUGCAUCUACGGAGUUCUCAAAGUUCUAGGAUCGGCUUUUUCGGCCACGGCUCUGUUUUUACUCGGCUUGCGAAUGGUCGGAAAAGUGCACAAAAUGCAAGGCGCUGCCCUUCUAGCCCCUGGAAUCAUGAUUGCUGUCAAAUUGUUGGUUCUGCCUCUGGUGGUCAGAGAGGUGGUCAGCAUCAUAAAACCUGGAGUAAACGAGACUGAAACGUCCGACUACAGCACUUACGGCUUCCUCUACGGAACUUUCCCAGCUGCUCCCGGCGUGUUUGUGUUUGCGACCCAAUACAAUAUUGAUGUUGAUCUCAUUGCCAGUGCUAUGGUCGCUUGUACGUUCAUUUCGGCGCCUCUGAUGUUCGUCUCCGCCAGAAUGAUAACUUUGACAAAACUGGACCCAUCCGAUUAUUUGCCAGAACUCGACACUUUUGUUUUCCGCAUCAGCAUUGCUGGCUUAGUAUUUAGUAUUUGGGUAUUAAUAGUUUUUAUUCUGAGCAAGAAAUACAAGCGGGUUCCUCACAGAUUCACCUUUUGUUUGGUCAUUUCUCAAUUCCUUUCCUGCACCGGAGCCAUAUUAUGGACGGUUUUGGGACAGGAGGAAGGAUGGCAAUCCUACGUCCAGUUCUCAAUUUUCGCUCUCGGAGUUUACGGGUGUCGUCUUUGGACAGCCUUUCUUGCCAUUGGACUGGUCCUGAUGCAGUGCAGGAGUUUGUGUUUCGUCCUAAAAUUACAGCCUUAUUUCAUCCUGUUGGGUUGGGGCAUUCCGAGUGUGAUAGUGACGGCCCUGCUGUUGAUUGUGAAAAAGGAAGUUGUGAUUUUAGGAGGGCGCGAUCCUAAUUUUACUUACGGAGAAAUUCAAGCAAUUGUCGCCACCUUUUUACUGAUUGUCUGCAUGCUGGUCACUGUAGGAUGUUUGAUUCUCCAUCAACGAUAUCGCCAAAGGUACUCGCGCUAUUUGCUGCUGGUGCAGGACGACGGCGGCGUUGGGAACAUUCAGGAUGAAGGUAUUUCUGAGGAUGAGGAUGAAGGUGUCGGGUCUGAGCCGAAAACACAGUCUUCUGAAACAUGUUCUCUUAAAGGCGAUACCUGCGAGGGAAAGGCUUCCGGAAGUGACCCCUGUGCCAGCGGAAAUGGUUGCUGCUCUAGAGUUGUGGAUAUUGAGGAUAUUACAGUAAGUCAUGCCGCUGGCCCAAGUUCCUCAGACAAAAUUCCAAGGCGCAGAACAACUAGCACUUUAUCUGCUGGUGAUUUGUGUCCUGGCGAGUUUUCAUGCGCCAGCGGAGGCCAAGAAUCGUGCAGGGAAACUGUGGAAAAGUACAGAGCUGCAAUUUCUACAGCAACAGAUGACGAAGUCGAGGAACUUGCUGGAAAUUCUGUCUGCUGCAGAAAUGAAGACGAAGGUCCGGAAGACGAGGCACAAACCUUAAAACACGUCGUCCUUUUGCUUUUCCUUCUCUGCUCCAUGUUUGUGGGAAUUGCACUUUGCAUCUGGACUCUGGUGAUGGAAAAGAUAUCAGGAAUUUUCAUCGAGCUCUCCUUUUUGGAUGCAAGUCUCAAUUUCGGCCAGAGCAUUUUCGCCUUUGCUGUUUUCGGUUUGGAUUCGGAGCUGAUUAUCUUGCCAUUCGUCAAGAGAUGGCGCCGAUUUUGGUUCGGUUCCGAAGCCCUGCAGUUGGUGCCGUGGAACGAGCUGAGCCUUGAAACGAGGCAAGUUUGCGAGCAAUUUCGUAAACAUCAUUUGGAAAAUUGCCACCGGGCCAUUGCCAGGAACAGAAGGUGGCGCCUUCAACAGUUUAAGCAGGCGUUCCCGGGCUGUGAGUUGGUGGACUGGCUGCUGUCGGUCGGCCUGGCCCACGACCGAGUCGAAGCGCUCAAGUACGGCCGGCAGUUGGUCGAAGGCCGAGUCCUCAAACAUGUUGCCGGCCACAGGCACUUCAUGGACGGCCCCUUCUUUUACUGUUUCGUCCUGAAGGAGCAGUAGUUGACACAAUAUUAAAUCUCAUAUUCGAUGCCAAAGAGCAUAAUAAUGGUUGUGAUUGAAGAAAAUGACACGGAUGAACCUGGGAGAAAUAUUUUUCGCUGGUGUGCUUACUGUAUAUUGAUGGCAAAUAUACCAUAAAUAUUAAAUUAUA